AUUAAUACAGUCACAAUGAGGAAGGCCUUUGGCAUCUCUUCCGGAGAGAAUUUUGUUAUCACAACUACUAACAGACAACAGAUUACAGAGGACAACUUUAAUGAGGUUGUUCAAGAUGGGGUCACUUUAUAUUUGCUCCAGUCAGUGGAUCAGAUGCUACUUUCAGCAACAAAGGAACGAAUUGACUUCCUACCACACUAUGACACGCUUGUCAAAAGUGGCAUGUAUGAAUACUAUGCCAGUGAAGGGCAGAAUCCUUUGCCAUUUGCCCUUGCUGAGUUGAUUGACAAUUCUUUGUCAGCUACUUCCCGAAAUACUGAUAUUCGGAGCAUACAGAUAAAAUUGUUAUUUGAUGAAUCCCAAGGAAAAUCAGCUGUUGCUGUGAUUGAUAAUGGAAGAGGAAUGACUUCUAAACAGCUUAACAACUGGGCUGUGUAUAGAUUGUCAAAAUUUACAAGACAAGGUGAUUUUGAAAGUGACCAUUCGGGAUAUGUGAGGCCCCCACCAGUACCUCGUAGUUUAAAUAGUGACAUCUCAUAUUUUGGUGUCGGAGGCAAACAAGCAGUUUUCUUCGUUGGACAGUCUGCCAGAAUGAUAAGCAAACCUACAGAUUCUCAAGAUGUCCAUGAGCUUGUACUUUCAAAAGAAGAUUUUGAAAAGAAGGAGAAGAACAGGGAAGCAAUAUACAGUGGAUAUAUUAGAAACAGAAAGCCAGCUGAUUCUACUCACAUCACCACUGAUGAUGAAAAAUUCCUACAUAACCUCAUUAUUGAAGAAAGGGACAAGAAGAGUUUCACAGCAGUUGUUAUUACAGGUGUACAACCACAACACAUACAGUACUUGAAAAACUAUUUUCAUCUUUGGACAAGGCAAUUGGCACACAUCUACCACUACUAUAUCCAUGGACCAAAAGGAAAUGAAAUUAGUGCAGCUCUAAAGGAAGCAAGUCCUUUCAACAACAUUGAUAUUGAGAUUUCAAUGUUUGAAAAAGGAAAGAUACCAAAGAUUGUCAAUCUUAGAGAGAUCAAAGAUGACAUGCAGACAUUGUAUAUAAAGACUGCAGCAGAUGGCUUUGAGUUUAAGGCACAUGUUGAAGGGGAAGGUAUAGUGGAAGGCAUCAUCCGCUAUCAUCCUUUCUUAUAUGAUAAAGAAACUUAUCCUGAUGACCCAUGCUUUCCAUCAAGAUUAAAGGAUGAUGAUGACGAUGUUAAUGAUGACUGCUUUGUGGUAGAAAAAGGGGCCAGAGGGAAAAGGCCUAUAUUUGAAUGUUUUUGGAAUGGAAGGUUAAUUCCGUACACAACUGUAGAAGAUUUUGACUGGUGUGCGCCUCCAAAAAAGAGAGGACUUGCACCGGUUGAAUGCUACAACAGAAUUUCUGGUGUGUUAUUUACCAAUGAUAAGUUUCAAGUCAGCACAAACAAGCUAACUUUUAUGGACCUGGAGUUAAAACUAAAAGAUAAGAACACUCUUUUCACAAGAAUCUUCAAUGGACAGGAACAGCGAAUGAAAAUAGACAGAGAAUUUGCUUUGUGGCUCAAAGACUGUCAUGAAAAAUACGACAAACAGAUAAAAUUCGUACUUUUUAAAGGAUCAUCUGCUCGUACUGACUUGCCAUCGAAAAGAAUGCAGAGCCCUUGGGCUACCUAUGCUUCAAUAGAGUGGGAUGGGAAAACAUACAAAUCUGGGCAGUUGGUGAAAACAAUUAAAACUCUCCCAAUAUUCUAUGGAAGUAUCAUUAAAUUUUUUCUGUAUGGAGAUCAUGAUGGUGAUGUGUAUGCUACUGGAGGGGAAGUUGAAAUAUCUCUAGAACCUCAAGCGUUAUAUGGUGAGAAAAAAAUUAUUCCAAUCUCCAAACUUGACAGAACAGUUUCUGACAAGUCGGUUAAAAAAUACAUAGAAGAUGAAAUGGCAAGACUUCCUGAUCGAUUGUCAGUAACAUGGCCUGAAGGAGAUGAAUUGUUACCUAAUGAGACAAAGCUUGCUGGUACUCCAAUAGGAGCAUUAAGAAUUGAAAUACUGAAUAAGAAAGGAGAGGCAAUGCAAAAACUUCCCGGUACAAGCCAUGGCGGGUCAAAGAAACUGCUUGUUGAACUUAAAGUUAUUUUACACACUUCAAGCGGCAAUAAGGAAAUCAUUUCACAUAUCAGUCAGCAUGGAGGAAAAUGGCCUUACUGGUUUAAAAAAAUGGAAAAUAUUCACAAGCUUGGAAGCUACACUCUGAAACUGCAAGUGGUAGUGAAUGAAAGUAAUGCAGACACUUACGCAGGAAGGCCUCUACCAUCUAAAAUGUUUAAGUUUACUAUUGUAGAGGGUAAGCCAGAGAAAUUUUCCGUGGGUCUUUUGGAUCCUCCAUUUCGAGUUGGAGUACCAUUUAAUAUUCCUUUGGAUUUGCAAGAUGAGUUUGGUCAUGCAACACAACUGACAAGUCAUAUUGACCCAAUUCUUGAAGCGAGUGGUUUGACAUUAAAGUAUGAAGAAAUAACAAAAGGAGAAAAUUGUACCAUUAAGGGUGUCACUGCUAAAGGCCUCGUAAAUAUUUAUCAAGGCAAGAACUUUAAUCUGAAGGUUACUCUUCCUGGUUUGAAAGAAGACUCUCAGGUCUUAAAAAUCAGAUUACUGCCUGGCCCACCUCAUCAGUUGCAAGUGAAACCAGAUUCUGAAAUUCUAAAGAUUGAAAAUGGGACCGCUUUCCCCUUCCAAGUUGAAGUGUUAGAUGAAUCUGGAAAUAUAACAUCCCAGCCAAAACUGAUAGUUCAUUGUAAGUUUUUAGGUGCUCCAGAACUUCCUCUGUAUGCUGUGGAUUGCAGUAAUGCUGGAACAAAUAUUUUAACUGGACCAGUUAUACAUGUGCAAAAUAUAAAAAAGGACCAGAUGCUCAAAGCAAGGAUUGAAAUACCUAGUUGUAAAAAUGUGCCACCAAUAGAAAAGACUAUUAAACUGCUCCCCAGUAGCCAUGUUGCAAGAUUGCAGAUCUUAAGUGUGGAAGGACAAAAAGCUAUUCAAAUCAAACAUCAGGAUGAAAUUAAUUGGAUUGCUGGGGAUGUCAUGCACAACCUUAUCUUUCAAAUGUAUGAUGAAGGAGAAAGAGAGAUCAACAUCACUUCAACUGUAGCAGAAAAAAUUAAGGUUAACUGGACACCCAGGAUUAACCGAGAACACCUGAUUCAGGGACUGUUACCAGAUGUAAAAGUGCCAUCGUCUAUAAAAGAUGUACGUUAUUGCCUAAUUACAUACCUUGAUGAUCAUGUAUCUUUGGAGAGUGCAUUUACAGUCAGACCACUUCCAGAUGAACCCAAACAUAUUAAGUGCAAAUUAAAAGGGCCAAAUACCAUGCAAAUGGGUGAAGAACUGCAGAGUGAAAUUGAUAUAAUGGUUACAGAUCAGUAUGGAAAUCAGAUUCAGACGUUGACAUCCUCUUGUAUAAAUUCCUUGGGGAUUUCUGGGAUUGGGCUUGAUAAAUCAAAUGUGAAAAUGAUUUGGCAGGAAAGUACACAAACCAUUACAGUAAAAGGUAUUAAGUUUAAUCCAGGUCCACCUGAAAGCAAAGAAUUGUGUUUUGCUUGGCGUGAGUUUUCUGAUUUCCUUAGAAUAAAUUUGACUGCUGGACCUCCAGCCAAACUGCACCUUGUGGACUGGCCGGAGUUAGAAGAGCCUAUUUCAGUGAUUAAUGGCAGAGAACUGCAGAAGCCUCUUAUAGUUCAGCUCUGUGAUCAGUGGGGAAACCCAUCUCCUGAAUCAAAUGUCAAAAUCAGUCUUACAAAGGCAAACAUCAUAAAGAUCCUUCCUACCAUCCAGCAACAUAAAACAGAUGAAAAUGGUAAGGCCAAUCUUGGAGUUUUUAGUAUUCAUGCACCUAGGGGAGAACAUUCUUUACAUCUUAAAGCCUCAUACAGCAAGGGCAUAUUAAAUUGCCCUGUAAUCAAGAUAAAUGUCCUGCCUGACCCUGAGAAACCUGUACGCUUGAAUGUUAAGUAUGACAAAACUGCUUCUUUUGUAGCAGGAAGUACCUUCCCUGAUUUUAUGGUUAGUAUUAUUUCUGAAGAUAACAACAUCAUUAAAAAUAUUAACCCAGCACGGGUUUCUAUGAAAAUGUGGGAAGGACAGAACAGUGGAACUAGAGCAUCAGCUAAUGCUACAUCAUUUGCCUGUAGCAAAGUCAAGGAUGACAAAGAUGAAGGCUUCUUUUACUUCAGGGAUAAAAUGGUUCCAGAGAGAGUGGGGAAUUACAGCAUCCAGUUUGGUUUUGCGCUAGAUAAGACAAAUAUACUCAACAGUGAACAGAUAAUAAUUGAAGUGGUACCUAAUGACCCAGUGCGAUUGCUACCUGAACCUCCACCAGCUACUCCGGCAGUGUCUAAUGUUCAAGCUGUUGCCAGCCGGACUCUGGUCAAGAAUUUAUGCCUUCAUAUAAUGGAUGAAUACAACAAUCGUACAGGAGACUAUUUGGCUGGCAAGAUAAUAGCUAAAAUUGAGUGUCCUAAUGAAGACGAUACAGAGAUCCCUCUGUUUCAAGGGAAAGUUAGUACAGUAGAAUUUCCAUUUCGUUAUGGAUCUGCUGAAAUUGUAAAUCUAGUGUUGGCAGAAAAUAGCCCAGGAAGAGAUAGCACUGAAUAUAUUCUUGCAUUUGACCCAGACCUGCCAGGUUUGGAAAAACCUUUGGAACCGUAUCGCCUGUCCUUUAUGUUUUACAAUAAUUUUAAGAAGCAGCAGCAAAUGGCAACACUUACGAGAGAGAGAGACCAGCUAUCUCAAUCAAUACUUGCAUACAGGAGUUUAUUUGAAACCAGCAACCAGCUUGUUACUGAAAUGAAAUGUCAGGCCAAAGAAGCUGAAACGAGAGAGACUCAUCUGAAGAAUGAGCUGAAAAAACAUCAAAUCAGCAUACCACCGACAAACAUACUGCAGCAUGUUGAUUCUCUCAUAAAACAAAAGAUACUGGAGCAGGAAGCAGUAAUGAAGCAACCUAGGAGAACAUGUACCCUCCCAAACUAUUCCAAAGUCAAUCAAGAUAUUUUAGGGAAAAUUGCACAUUUAGCACAAAUUGAGGAUAACGAGGCAGCAAAAGUCAUCUCUUGGCAUUUAGCAAGUGACAUGGACUGUGUAGUCACCCUGACUACUGAAGCUGCUCGUCGUAUCUUUGAUGAAACCCAAGGUCGACAGCAAGUGCUGCCUCUUGAUUCUAUAUUUAAGAAGACUCUCCCUGAUUGGAACAGGCCUUUACCUCACUUUCGGAAUGGGAAAGAUUGCUUCAAACCGAUUGGAAAACCUGUAUUUGCCAGAGAUUUGUUAACAUUUCCAGAUAAUAUAGAACACUGUCAGAUAGUGUUCGGGAUGCUCUUAGGAGACACCAUCAUAAUAGACAAUUUGGAUGCUGCCAAUCAUUAUAGAAAAGAGGUUGUAAAAAUUGCACAUUGCCCAACAUUGCUGACUAGGGAAGGAGAUAGAAUUCGCAGUAAUGGAAAGUUUGGAGGCCUUCAAAAUAAAGCUCCACCGAUGGACAAACUCAGAGGAAUGGUAUUUGGUGCACCCAUGCCAAAACAUUACUAUAUGCUCUCUGGGCAGCUAGAACUUCUUCAGCAAUACCGUACAUCAGUGAUAAAACUUAAUUGUGCAAAUAAGGACCUUGAUUCACAAUUACAGUCCCUGAAAACUCCAGAGAUGCAAAAGAAAAAACAGGAACUUGCUGAACAAGAGAAAAAUCUCAAGCUAGUAGAGCAGAAACUGGGUAUGACCCCAUCAGAUAAAGGCUCUGAAUCAUUUCAACCAACAACACUUGAUUUUUCGGACAGCCCCAUUCCUCCCAAAAGAAUGAGAAGAGAAAUGGUAAAAAAGUUAUAUAGUGCAGAAGAAUGGAUCUCUCCUACAAAGAAGCAACAGCAGCAGCAAAUGCAGACCUCUACAUCAGAAUUUAAUGGAACGCCACGGAAGAGAAAGGCAUAGACCAAUUACAUUUGUUGAAAAGUAACUGUGUAUUGAAAAAUGUGAAUAAGCUCAUUUAAAGAAAUAUUCAUGUUGUAUUACAAAUUAAUAUGAAGAUUUUUAUACAGAUAGAAGAUAUAAAUGUAUUUCAGUUAGUAGCAACAGCAAUUUCCUAAGUAAAAAUUGGUAGUCUAAUUUUUGUAUAGUUAGCUUUUAUUUCUAAAAUUUUUCAGAGUUUUUAGGUUUCUGAAUGUGGAAAAAGCUUAAAAUACAGCCUUUUUUAUUUAUGAAGAUUUUCAAACUUUGCAAUAAAAUUGCUGCAAUAUAGAGAAUGUUGCCAGCACAGUGUGGUGUUGGGAUUAACGUGGUCGGAAACGUGGUGAAAUGUGAUUGUCAUUUAAAAAGUGUCUGAAUCCCUUUUUGGAAAGAGGACACUCUGGACUGCCCUGUUUAGGUAGAAGAAAUAAUUACUAAUGCCAAGAGAAAAUAUUAUUAAGGCUAAGUACAGACAUUCAAAAAGCCUGUCACAGAUGGGCUUUUAUCAUGCUUUACUCUAAAAGUGCUAUAAGUUAGAUAGCAUUUGAACCAAACAGACAUUGCCAUUUGGCUCUCACUGCCCAAGGUCAGCAGAUAGGGGCUCUUCCGUGCCUCCCAGCAUGCCCCGCUGGCUCCCUGAGCUGCUGAAGACUGCCAAGCAAAGCCAAACGGGCAAGCCACCCCUGGUGGGCUGCUGGGCACAGGCCACCAUGCCCCAAACCCCCUACUGCAUCACCAUGUACCCUCCCCCAUGACCAGCCCUAGGCUUCCAAGAGAGCCCCAGGGUGAGUACCUGCUGACGCAACUUGUGCAUGCCUGUGUCCUGGCCUGCGUGCACCCCAUCAUGGUGUCCCAUGCCUAAGCAAGAAGACUGGGAAGCUUAAGUGAAUCCUGAUGGUCUCCCUGUGUGACUCUUGCCAGAGGCUGUGGGACAUCAGAUGUGCCCACCCAGACCUGAUUUGGCAGUAGCUUAUUAUGACACAUGCACUCAUGCCUGUGAGCCACCAGCUUGUUGUCCCAUGCUUGCCCACCCUCUGCACCCCACGCCUGCCAAAUACCUUGGACUUGGCCACUCACUUUAAUACGACCAAUUAGUAUGAGGCCAUCUAGGAUGCCAUGGAUGCCAUGGCACUCUGGCACCACCUCCAAACAAUUGAGUGCCAUUUCUGGGCCCGCACCACCUGAUGGGUGUGGAUUGUCCUGGGCACCUGGGAUGUCAAACAAUGGCUCCAGACCUUCUGCAUGCACCAGGCCACCUUCACAGAUGUUGUUGCCAAGGUGGCCCCCCACAUCAUGUGCCAGAACAUCAGCAUGCAGCCACCCCCAACUCUGGAGAAGUAGGUGGCCAUCACAGUUGUGAGACUGGCCACCCUCACCACUUUUACAUCUCCAGCCAGCUCAACAUGGACAAGACCAUGCCAGAGAGACCAUCAGGGAGGUGUACCUGGUCAUCCAGGACAUGCUGCCCAACCUCUUCAUCUGCCUUGUCAAGGCAUGCUGAUGGGCUCUCAGUGUGUACUUCAAGGCAGACAAGGAGAACGUGACAUGUCACCUCUUGCAUCCUCCACAACAUCUGAGAGACCAGAGGGAGAUCUGCAAAACCUAGGCUGAGGAGGCAUGGUACGCAAACUAUGCCUGGCAGCACGAGCACAUGUAGCACAGGGAUGGGGAAGAGGGCAAGUCUGAAUCUGCGACACCCUGGCCAACCACCUGCAUGUAUCAGGAGCCCUCCCUGGAUAAGUAGCACCAGAGGGCUUUGAGUGCCGCCCACUGUGGCACUGGGCCAGUGGUCUCCCACCCUGGGCUCCUCUGGCCCUGUGUCCUGGGUAAUGCUGCCCACAACCCAAGCUGCCCUGGCACUGUUACCCUUCCCCUCUCCUUCCUCAAGCCCCCCGUAUAACUGACCUGAAUCCAUCACUAUACUACCAAUUUUUGUCAUCUUCAAAUCUCACUGGCAAUGAUUUUAUACGUUUUUAUCUGUAUGUCGGAGUUCUCAUCGGGUGAUCUGUCACCUACUGGCAAGUGUGAACGCAGUAGGGUGGCCAAGCCAGAGUGAACAACCAGGCUUUCUCAUGGCACCAAGCAAUAUCAUGCUGAAGCACCAUGCUGGGGGAGCCAAGGUUGCUACAUUCCUAAUAUUAGUUCCCAAGAGACGGUGCAAAUUAGCUUGGGCCCAAAUCUACGCUGAUGUGACUGUGUUGCCUCUAAUUCCAGAGGGCGUGCUUGUAGAGACUGGAUAAUGCUGUUCUAAGAUGGCUAUACUGCACUGCCUCCAUUUUGCGAGAUUCCAUAGAUCACUUUGUAGGUGUUAAGUUCAGACACAGGAUCAAAAAGGUUGAAAAACACUUUUCUAUAUCAUUGAUAAAGAUAUUGAAUAGAAUUGGGCUCUGUAGGACAUCAAGAGAAAUGUACCUAUUUGAUGGCAAUUGGCCAUUUACAAUUGCUGUUUGCAGUCUUAAGUUAAUCAUUGGUAGUGUACACUUUAUUGAUUUUUACAUUGCUACCUUUUUUAAUAAAAAUGUUUUAUAUGGCUAAUUAAAUGCCUUCCAGAAGUCUAAGCAACUGUUCACAUGCAUCCUGGUGUAGGUGUAUGCGUGCAAGAUAUGGUGAUCUUGUUAUCUACUAGCCAGUAGUAUUAGGGGGUCCCUUCUUGUUAGGAUAUAAAAGGUGGAGUAGCCCCAUUUGCCAUUCAUUUACUUCUCACUACCCAAUGUAAUAAAUUAUCUGUCCCUCUGCAUAUUCCAUCACUGAGUUAAUUUAUUACCAUUUUUAGUGGGUAGAAUAGCCUCUCUUUUAGCCAGCAGACUUAAGUGAAAUGUAUUAAGGGCUAAGUAAAAGCUUUAUUUUUUUUGCAUCAGUACAGAGAACUGGGAAUGGCAGAAUACAAAUCUUCAAAUUUGGUCUGCUUGCAAGACAGCUAUGCCUGACAGUGAUGCAUAUUAUCCUUUAAAUAAUUGUCCAUAUGCAUGUUCUGUUGAGAGUGCUCAUGUUAAGAGACUUGGAGAGCAAGUUCAUCAAAUGCACCUCACCUGCCAUGCUUUGUGAUUCACACCAAGGAUAGAGUAUGCUACAGCAACCAAAUUCCGCACUGCCUUCUGGCUCAAGACGUAGCUUCUUGCGUUUUAUUGAAGCUCUGCUUCUCGCCCCCCUGGAGGGCUCCUAGGGAGUCUGCUCUCCAACCCUGAUGAUAAACAACAUCCUGCCAGUUCCAUUAGCUGUUCUCUCCACACUCCCAGCCAUUAGCUGUCCUCUCCACUCACCCUCCCACCCUUAGAAGGGGAAGAGCAGAGAGCUGAGGGAUAAUUGGAGAAUGACAGACCCCCUAUCACAUUACAGUGCACUGUGCAGUAAUUGCAUGUUGAGCUACAAAAUAUAGCACUACAGAUAAGUUCCUGUUUCAUCCAAGAGCAUUCUCAUUAUACCUUCACCAACUUCUGGUGCUACAGAGGGCAUGUACAUCUCUGUUAAGCAUUAUAAGGAUUUAAAGGACAAUUCCAGGACACAGGUGCAUACCAUGUGCCAUGAAAUCCAGCACCUGUUAUCCCUGAAAUGAUAAGUGGUGAAUAGAAAGCUCCUGUGAUUUUGGGUAGAAGAGUUGCUUCACCUCUCCCUAGCCAUGUAUGGCUCAAGUGCUAGACUUCCUAGUUCACAUGGAUGAUACUUGGGACCCAAGCAUAUGCACCAAUAUCAAUAUACUGCAUAGGCAUACAAUGUGUUGUGUUGUAUCAAUAGAAUUAUCCUUAAAAUGGUAAAUUAAGUAUCUUAAUGAUCAUUGGAGCUUUUAGAGGUAUGCUGUCCAUAUUCAGAUUACAAAAUCUAUUCUGUAUCCCCUUUGCUUUGGAUAUUACUUAGUUGAGAGGAAACUAAGGUACAAUCAGCAUGCCAUGUAUGUCCUAGGUAUAAAAUUGUGGAGAAUGCCAUAGUGCAUAUAUGCUGUUACAAGUAUUCUUAACCACAGCUAACACUGUUAACCCUUGAAGUUCAGACACACUGGCCUCAUCUACACGAGACACUGACUGCGCAGUAGUGUCCCCACACGAGUUCUGGGUGAUGUUGACUAUGCAGCAGCUCGUUACUACUGCAGAGUAACAUGUCACGGUUCACGUUAGUAAUACUACUAGUUUGUUAGUAAUGCUACUGCAUAAUACUAAUGAACUACUCUGCAGUAGUAGCGAGCUGCUGUGUAGUAAGUGUCUCAUGCAGACUUCUAGUCAAAGUUGCACGUGGACAGCUGUGUGUUGAGUAAGUAACUGCUCAUUUUCAGUCUGUAGAAAAUACCUGAGUCUUCUAAGACUUGUUAAAAAAACAUAAUGAAUGUUUCGGAGACCUCCUUUUACAAUUGCUAGGAUUUAAUUUGUUCCAGACAUGUUUAAAUAAUUCCUUUUUAUUAUCUUUUGUCCUACUUAGCCAGAGGUUUCUCACUAAUACCUUGAACGCCUCUAACAACUGAUUUAACCUUUUUUUUUUUUUUUUUUUUAAUUAAAGUCUUCUGUGAUUUGCUGAGUGGUAUAUUUUUGGACUAUCUCGUAAAACGUUCCUACAUAAUUCCCAAACGUUACUUGCAUUUUCACUUAAAUAUUUUUUUAAUUUUAUUUAUCAAUACACCCAUACUCAAAUAUGCAAAACAGGACGUAGAGACUUGUAUGUAUAGUUAGUGUGUGUGUGUGUGUGUGUGUGUGUA